UGCUAGUUUUCGGGAGUGAAACAAGCCCAGAGCAAUUUCUCUUAGGCUCUGAAGCCUGGACAUUUCCCAGGCCUCGGGUCGUCCCUGCCUAAGGCGGGUGCAGAGGGAGCUCAUAAACCUCGCUAAGCCAGAGGGGGUGGGAACCACGGUAGCUUUAAAGGGCGGUUCUCUGGGAGCUUGGGGCACAGGGCGCAGCUGCCCGCGCGGGGUCCCCGGAAGCGCCAGUGGGUGCGCAUCCUCUCGGCUGGACCAGCGAAGGAGCGGUUGUUGGGCCCCUCCCGACUAAGGCACUGGGCCUGGAACUCACCACCACCACCCCGCGUCGCCGCGGAGAUGGCGCGUGAGGUGACUGUGCCCAAGCCCCGAGAGUCCCAUCCCUGCAUCCCGCAUCUCUCCGGGGAGAGCAUGGAGCUUCCAGAGCCCGAGCUGAUCCGGCAGAGCUGGCAGGCGGUGAGCCGCAGCCCUCUGGAACAUGGCACUGUCCUGUUCUCCAGGCUCUUCACUCUAGAACCCAGCCUCCUGCCUCUCUUCCGGUACAACGGCCGCCAGUUCUCCAGCCCUGAGGAUUGUCUCUCCUCCCCAGAAUUCCUGGACCACAUUAGGAAGGUGAUGCUGGUAAUUGAUGCUGCAGUGACCAAUGUGGAGGACCUGUCUUCACUGGAGGAGUACCUGGCCGGCUUGGGCAGGAAGCACCGGGCUGUGGGAGUGAGACUCAGCUCCUUCUCGACAGUGGGUGAGUCCCUGCUCUACAUGCUGGAGAAGUGCCUGGGGCCUGACUUCACCCCAGCCACAAAGGCCGCCUGGAGCCAACUCUACGCAGCUGUGGUGCAAGCCAUGAGCCGAGGCUGGGAUGGGGAGUAAGCCAACGCCCUCACCCAUCUCUGUCUGUCUGUUGAUCUGUCUGUAGUCGCUCAGUCCCUCCCCCAGGGCUGCCCUGCACCUUUGGCCCUCAUCCCCUUGGCCAUCCUAGAGAGGUGAAGGGCCAGGGCUCUGGUCAACUGCAGAGGGGUGGUUUUUCCUUCCAGAGGAGACUUUGGGUUCCCCUCAUCCCCAUAGAUGCACCCCUGCAUACCUGGUUAGCACUCCCCAUGAAGCAAAAGAAGAGUUUGGGUAGUGAGGUGGCGUGGGGGUUCUUCUCAGAGAAACCUCAGCCAAGGUGAGGGCAAAGUGACUAGGCUUCUAGAACCUCCCACCUCCUCUGCUCAGUCUCUCUGAUGCUUUCCUGGCAGGCUGUUUACUUUCCAAAACUGAAGAGAAGGAGUGUGUCUGGGGACCUCAGGGCACGGGAGCAGGGAAGAUGGUGUUCUUCAGUGGCAAUGGGCACCCUGGGUCUCAGCAGCUCAGAUGCUCCAUACAAAACUCCCUAUGAUCUUGGUUCAGCAUUUCUGGUAGAAGCACCCCAGUAUUCUUUUGGGUUGGAGGAACCAAGUUGGCCAGCCAGAAUGGAGAGGCUAGCAGGGCAAGGAGGAGUGAUGUCAUGCACAUGGCCCCUGAGGUCCGGGGUUCUUCCUGCUACCCUUAUCUAGCAGAGCUGAGUCAUGUCUCCCUGCUCUUCACUCGCCACCCUCCUGCUGCCAGCUCCUAACUCUGUGUUUAACCCUUGAGGUGAACCUGUGCCUGGACAGGUGAGCGGGGGACCAUACAGUGGGAAAGGCCCUUGAUCCUGUCCCCAGCAACCCACACUUUCCUCGCUCUGUGUUGCAGUUCUAUAAGCUCACGAGAAAUAAACAUGUUCUGUGUGCUGA